AUGCUGUCUAAUAGGAUCGUUCACUUCAUGAGACAGGAGCUCUGGUGGGAAUGUCGGGAGUCUCUUACCUGCGAGUGUCGCCUUGAGAAUCACACCGCGACUAAGCACAUAUUCGAUAUGGGCCAGAUAGCAAGGAUGAAUGAGUUCAGCUCGUUCGAUGAGAUCGAAGGAAAUUGGGAACACUUGGUACGGAUAUAUACGAAGAAGUCACUCACAUAUCCCAGCGAUAUCUUCCCGGCUUUACAAGGAAUAGCGAAGCUGGUAUCACCAAGUAUGGGUAGGUACCUUGCCGGACACUGGGAAAGUACCUUGACUCAGAGUCUCUGCUGGCACGCUAUGAAGACAGCGCAGAGAAAGCUACGGGAAUGGCGUGCCCCGUCCUGGUCGUGGGCUGCAGCUCAAGGGGAAGUGAUAUGGCCACUUUAUGAGCGUGGUCGUAAGACUCAGACGUGCGCUAACAUCCUCGGCGCCAUGACAAGACCCAAAGGAGACGAUCCAAUGGGCGAGAUAUCUUAUGGAGUUAUUUAUCUGAAAGGAAGGUAUUUGGUCGGUCAGAUACAAGACGCCCGAACGUCUGAUGACCACCUUCCUAGUAGCCUUACGUUGAAAGGAUCACGACCUUGCAUAUCACCGAAGUCGUUCACAUGCUACCCUAUUUGGGAUUCCGCCCAUCACGAGGAAGGAGCGCAGAUCGUUGCUCUAAAAAUUCUCGAGACUGCUAGUAUGAGUUCCUGUGGAAGGAAAACUAGCGUAGAACAGUAUUGGUUGAUUCUGAGAGCCAUAAAAGGAGUACAAGGGAAAUAUAUGCGUAUCGGUAUAAUGGACGAGUCAGGCUCUGAGAAUAUAGGUACAAGGCUCAGAGAUCUCAAUGCUUUGUAUGAAGAAGAGUCAGUCGAGAUGGAUUUCAAGAUUGUCUGA